AUGUCUGGCCGUGGCAAGGGAGGAAAAGGACUCGGAAAGGGAGGCGCCAAGCGCCAUCGCAAAGUCCUUCGCGACAACAUCCAAGGCAUCACCAAGGUUUGUUCUUCUUCUUCUUUCUCUCGAAGUCUUCUGACCAUUUCCAAUACUUUCACAAUCAUCCUUAACGUCUUCUAAUCGAAUCCAUUUUCAGCCGGCUAUCCGCCGUCUGGCCCGCCGUGGUGGAGUCAAGCGCAUCUCCGGACUCAUCUACGAGGAGACCCGAGGAGUCCUGAAGGUCUUCCUUGAGAACGUCAUCCGAGACGCCGUCACCUACUGCGAGCACGCCAAGCGGAAGACCGUCACCGCCAUGGACGUCGUCUACGCCCUCAAGCGUCAAGGACGCACUCUCUACGGCUUCGGCGGAUAA